AAACGGGCGAGUAUUUUUAGGAGAACUAGAGCAAACGUUAGUACUAACCUGCUAGUAGAAGGACAACAACAACGUUGCAGCACUGUUAGUACAACGUUGCAGCACUUAGUUGUACAGCGUUGCAGCACUCAACCUCAAGAUGCAGUCAUCAGCGAGGCGUGAUGUGUCUCUGAACCGCAGUAGCCGGAAGAAGUUUGUACGCGAUUCGCGAUUCAGGCACUUACUGGUGGAACCAAGUAAAGACCGGUUUGAAGGAACAAAACUUAGCUUAAGGCAGAAACAAAGCAUUUCUAUUUAAUGCAUUAGUUACUAUACAGGACCUUCAUCUGCUCUCUUUUUUCUCCUCACUUAGACUGAUUGAAGUAGUUCAGGUCCAAAUUCAUAGACCAUCUCGUGCUCUUUCUGUCUCCGCCUUAUGAAUUUAUAGGAAUUGGAAAGAUGAGCUUAGGACGGUAUGAAUUAGUCUUAGUGUGAUCUUCUCUAAAUACCGAGAAGAAGCUCGAGGGACCUGGUAUUGCAAUCAACUCGCAGUACCUCGCUUUUCCGUGGCAAACGGGGGGCGGCGGAAGCCUCUGUGUCCUCGACUGGCGAAAGCCAAGGAGACUUGCGACUGGAAGCGUUCCGGUAUUUAAAUAUAUGUUGUUGGUAGGGCAUCGAGGUACUUUUACUCUCGCGCGAAGUACUUGCUCUAUCACAAGUUUAAAUAUUUAGCUCGACCUCACUCUUCCUCUCUCCUCCCUCGAUCUGUGUGCUCGUUUAGAUUAUCUAUUUUCUAGCGCAGGGCUAGCUCUUAGUCUUUGAUUAAUCGCCGUCUAGUCCUUACACAGUAUUUAUUGCUUUAUAUCUGCGUUGCUGUACAGAAUAGAGUCUCCUUCUUUUAUCAGGCAAUCAUUGGUCACACUGGUGCUAUUUUGGACUUCGGCUUUUCACCAUUCGAUGAACGCCUUAUCGCCACGGGUGCGGAGGACUGUUGCGUGCGGCUCUUCCAGAUUCCAGGCAAUGCGGAUGAUGGUUCUUCAGGAAGAAGGGAAAACUGACAGUUAGAAGUUAGUAGUUAGUUAGAAAAGCGCACGUUUUUUACCCAGACAACAUUUGGUCAUGCUCUUUCGCUUUUCCUAUUUUCAUUUCUUUCACUUCUAACGUUUUUCCUUUGUUGCAUCUCUUCACCUUCUAAGAAUCAACGCCGUUUACGAAAUCCCGCCUGACAAUCCUGUGAAGGACGCGCGCUGCAUGUUUCAAACGAGUAAGAAGGUGAAUGUGUUGUGUUUUCAUCCGCGCGUGCAACUGCUUUCGUGUGGGAGCUACGAUGCUCGAGUUCAAACCUUCGACCUAGAAAGCGAAAGAGAAGUCUCGAGUCUGCAGUUAUGUUAGACAUCUUUUUCUUUUUCUUCAACAACAGCAGCUUACGAUCCAAAAAUUCAGACUGAAAUUGUAGAAUGCAUGCAAAAGAGAUAUCAGAUUAGAGGUGAUAGAAUGAAGGUAUGAUAGGCCAGUGAAGCUUUCGCGACUUAUUUGGCUUAUAUUGUUUUUUUGGUUCUAAUUUGUGUUCCUGAUUUGGUCCAUGAUUUGCGGUGGGGUCUUGACGGCCGGCUUUUGGGGGCAGCAUGCAGAGACAAGGUAGUCCGAUUCUACGACAGCCGUCUGGGUGGCGGCACGACUCCGUCUUUCGAUUAUGUUGGGACAAGGUUUCUUUAGAAUUAACUAUGCAUAUUUAUAUCUUCAUGAAUCUUUGUGGACGGUUUGAUGAAGAUAGAUGUCGACACACGCAUACUUAGAAAGAAUUACUUGUGAUCUAGUGAGAAUAGCAAGCGAACUCGAACACCUUUCUCUCACGCUUGCAUAGGAGCAAAAAGCUCUAAGUAAAUACAUAGGGUUUAUUGCGCGAACGAACAGACCGCGUCUCAAGAGCUCUAAGGAUCCCCUGGCUUCGGUGGGCAAUGUACGCGACCAGUUCUCACGCAGAAAGUUUCUGAGUCAACAAGGGGAUGCAAGAUGUGCUGGCUCGAUGAUUUAAGCGGCGGCGACGUCUGCUCGUUCGAGUUCAUCGCCACGGGAUUCUCGCAGUCUAGUAUUUUAUACUUCAUCUGACUUGUUUUUUUCUUGGCAGGCACCAUUCAUUCUCAUAACAUACUUCAGGUACAGUGCCGAAACAAGGUAUUACUUUUGGUUGCUCCUAUUUCCUCGACAAGUCUCCUAUUAAGUCGGACCACUAGUUAGGAGUUUCAUCUACGACGGGGUCCGGCUGGGAUCCAUCACUUCCUUCAUGAUUAGUUUGGUGUCAUUAGUAAUUAUUGCAAUGAAUACUAGGACAUAAAGGAAUAUCGUCUAAUAUGCGUCCUUUUCUUCAAUAUUACAGCCGAGCGUCAAUUUUCCCUAUGGGACAUCCGAUAUCCUGGAACGCCUCGCCACGAACAGACUCUGGAUACUGGGACCGGGGCUCUAUGCCCGUUUUAUGACCGCGAAACGGGUUUGCUUUUCUUGGCGGGAAAGGGUGACGGAAACAUCAAGUUUUUCGAAUAUGUCGAUGGAAGUCUUCAUUAUUUGGACGAUUAUGCAAGCAACCAACCGCAACGAGGUUUCAUGAUAGAUCUGUGAUUACCUCUUUGAUCCGCAUUGGCAAUAACAAACAUCCGAUAUUCAAAAGAAUGAUAAAAAUGACCUACUUCUACUUCUGGUGUUGCAAGAAGCAUAUUAACUUUAAAUUCUCAUUGUUCAUGACCGCUAUUAUCGUCAUCCUUUAUUCCUGAUCUUUUUUUCUUUUUCUUAUUGAUCUUACCUGCCUGUAGAAAAAGCUUCAUCCGCAUCUUGUAUGUGUUACAACUAGGUCUCGCCUUUUUCCCGAAACGCGUUAUGGAUGUGUCCACUCACGAAGUUGCACGAGCAGCUAAGCUAGACAGCGAGAGCAAUCUUACGUUCUUGCCGUUCAAGGUGCCACGCAGAGCAAUGCUCUUUCAAGACGACCUCUAUUUAAGGCUGGUGAUGGUGUGUUUUUUUUUAGUUUGUGCCUAUUUGUUUAUGUUGGUAGGUUCUUCUACCUUUUCUCCUACGACUACGUGAGAUUAAUACAUUUGCAUAGAAUUGACUACGUUAGCGUCACUAAUAGAAUAUAAAUUGAGAGUUGUUGUAAUACUCUUCAGCCAAUACCAGCCCUCGAGUAUCUUCAAGCUACAUCAAGUUUUCAAUACAAACAAAAACGCGUCAUCAACAUCCUUCCAGAUCCACCUUCCCAUAAAUUAGUACAUCCUUCCAAAUCGACCUUCAUCGUAUGUAUGAUUCUCAAGCUUUAACCCCUCCUCCCACCGCGCAAUUGAAUGAGCCGGCAAUGAGUGUAAGCGAGUUUCUCGUCGCCGUUGAUGCCGCUGAUCAGAGAUUGCCGCAAGCGGAGGGCGAAUCCGUCGACCUCGACGUCAAAAUUUUGUCAGGGGAAGACGAUUCUUCUUAAGACUUUAAUUCAAAUUCCUCUCUACUACAAUUCUACAAUUCACUUGCGUCUUACACUCACUGUUUAUAUCUACUCACUGUUUAUAUAAAACAGAGGUCAUCUAAUUAAACGGUCUUCCAUACCCCACGAAUGGGUACACUACUACUACUACUACUUAGGACAGUGUCAUUGAGAGUCUCACAACUGAUUCCUUCGUAGGAAAGUGGGAAAAUGAAUAUGAAAGCAAGAGAUCGUGAACAAUACAUACUUUGAGCGCUUCUAAUAUAUUUAAUAUUUUGAGCUCUAAUCUGUAUCCUGCCAAGAUGAGCACUGCACGAAAGAUCACAUCCAUAUGCAGCCGGUUGUCGAUAUCGACUUUGGGCCAGUGAAAUUGGUAUCACUGAACCCAGCACUUGAAGGCAAAUUGUUGAACCCGGUCGCCACUAAUAACGUACCAAAGAUUAUGACGUGAGGACUCUGAUAUUAACUUCAACUAAGUGGGUUCGUACUUCAAUUAAGUAGUGGGUUCGUUUAAAGCCUUCUUCUAGUAGAUCCAAAAUUCUGACCAGCAGACUCAGUUGUUCUUGGACGAGCCUUUUCAUUCAAUUUGAGUCUAGUACUAUCAGUAGUACGAGUGACUCUGUAAUUCCUGUUCACGAUUUUCAUUACUGGAACUAAGUAUGUAGACAGUUCUAAAACUAACUCCAAAGAUAUGACUUUAUUUCAGAGAAUAACCUCAAGUCGUUUGUUUCUAAAAGUAGUGGCUUGCUGACACCGACUGCGACGACAGCUCAUACUCGCGGAGCGCCGGCUAGCACUGGAAAACCGCGCGUGACCUUACCAGAACAACUAGCAGCAUCUUUGCCAGAUGGAUCUAGUACUGCAACGAUACCAGAACUUCAAUCAGACGCACCGGCGGGACGUCGUAGUGGCAGCAUUGUGUUUUCAGGUCCACGAGGCAGCAUGGAGGUUGAAGGUAGGACGACGGAAGCCGAGACAGGUAUAUAAAAUGAUGCAUUGUCUUUCUUAUUCUUUCUUUCCUUCCUUCUUUCUUGAGUACCAGCAGUCGACUCGAAAAGUAGUGCAGAUGAAGAAUUAUGUAAGAGAGGACCCUUACCGUCUUCUUCACAAGAGCUGUGAGUAGUCCUCUACGUAUGAAUACGAAAUUCUCGACAUCGUGCUGACGAAGACGCACAUCUCCACACUACGCAGUCUUCGACUUCCCGGCUGCCGCACCCUCACGGCGGCAUGGGGCUUCAUUUGUGCUGCAAGGUGAACAGCACCCGCUAGAGGGGUUGUUGGCAGAGGGAGGACCGGAAGCGCAUGUAUGGAGUUCUACUUCCGAAGAGGAAUUUGUCGUACUAGGUGAUGCUGGUAAUGCGACUUUACGGAUGAACAAAACGAGCAAUAAGGUAAGGCUACAGCGGAAGCAUUCUCGAAACCAUCCUUGCUGGUGUCUCUUUCAAGUAGAAAGAUAGACCGGGAGCAAGGAUGCAGUCAGGGAUGCGAACGCGGUCGCUCUCUAAAUAAGGAUGUAAAUCGAACCCUAUUACCAGCAGAAUUCCUUAGUAACGGUUCGUCAGGAGCGAGCAGAAAUGGGGACGAUGCAGAGAGUGGCAUUAUUUAAGGCAACCGCGAGGGCAUCCUCAGCAGCAUCCUUGGGCUCUUUUUCGAGGGAAAAAAGAGGCCGGGGAGGAUUCAGGGAUGCGACGCGGUAGCACUAAACGAUAUCGCCAGAAGACAAGCGCUUUGUGCGGAGCCAGUUGGAGAAGGAGAAUGCGCACUUGAGAGCCGAGAUGGCUCGUUUGCAACACGAACUGUCAGAGACGAAAGUCGAAAACGGAACGUUGGCUGGUCAAAAUAGUGCCCUCCAGCUGGAGAUGAAGCGCCUUCGCCAAGAACUGACACGGCAGCUGAUGCGCCCAACAGCUUUUCUUUCCGAGACGGAGAAACUGUCGAAUCCAGGACAAGUGACUUCGAAUCAAGCUGCUUCCAGCAGUUCAUGCGAUGACAAUAUGGGAAAGAAGAAUAGUGCUACUGCUAAAUCUAAGAUGAAUACUAAUAACGAUCAGGGCAUUAGUGGCGGUACAAGAGGACCUGCGAAAGGAUCUUCGUCCGCUUCUUCAUCCGCGUCCUCCACAACGCAAGAGUACCGUAUCAUUGACGAAGCAUCCACAGGGAAGGUUGUUGCGAGUGAAAACUUGAAAAAGAUUCGUUCGCCCAGCAGCCAGGUUUCUGCCGCAUCGUCGAGACGCGCUCCUGCACCCUCAGGACAUGCAACGGCGCCAGCCGCCAGAGCGAUGGCUGGAAGUGCCGUGGCAGCAAAUACGGGUAGAACUUCUGCGACCACAGGGUUAGGCGUCUCUUCAGCUACGUCCUCGAGAAGUGCGAAAGAGGAGGUAUCAUCACGCACAGGCGCGGCCAGCACGCCGUCUGCUGUGUCCUCGAACGGUCCUCAGCGUCGUGGCGAGGGUUUCAUGUUUUAUCCAGAGGUGGCUCGACCCUGCACCUUCAAUUUGACCGGGGAGCGACGCGUUUUAUCUCGGGGAAGCAGCGUCGUGAGUGAGUCACGGAGUCGCAGUGCCUUGAAGGCGGACGCUUCGGUGCAGCGCAGCAACACGAGAGAAAGCCUUAGUAGCGGAGUAGCCCAGCCACAAGGUGAACAAACACUAGGUUCGAGAACUGGUGACGGUACUGCUUCUGCUUCCGAUAGAGCAAGAGGAGCGCCAAUACAACAAUCCUCUUCUAAAAAGAGUACCGUGUCUUCGAAUAAUCCGCGCACAAGUGGUGCUCAGAGUCAUAGCAGUCGCGUGACGCCAUCAGGCAGCCGUGCACCCAGCAGUAGCAGGGGGCGAGGGCCUCAGGACAGCCGCCCGAGUUCUAGUCGGCAGAUCGUUGCAACGGAGGAUGCGCCUCCCUUCGUCGAGGCGGACUUUACAACCGCGUUGGUUUAUGGCUAAUCACCACACUCUACUUACUUUCUUCCUAUAUACGGUCAUGGAUUAGAGUACUUGUAUCAGAAUCACUCGUGAUAGAAGAGUUUUGUAAUAUCCAAGUUUCGUGCUCUAAAGAGAUGGCGGAAGUCUCGUUUCUUCUGCCGAUGGGCGUACCUCCAAGUCGACACGCAGCAGCCGGCAGGUCAGUCCCCGGGGGUCUCCGACAGCGCAGUCACUAGCCUCAGGGUCUGGGGUGUUCACAAGUCGAAGAAAUACUUCCACCGACGUAGCAGGUGCUCUGCAGUUGGGCAGUGAAGCAGCUGCACAGCCGGAUGUUGUUGAUUCUGCACCUCCAUUGGAACAAGCAGAUCACAUCAAGAAUGCAACGGUAGUACCUCAACCUCCUGUGACAUCAACUCCUUAUAAUCCUGCGGAGAAACUACAUCAAGUUGAAGGGCCAGCAGCAACCGGACCUCUACUAGACCAGUCGGAGGCGGGCAGCAAUCUCCCCUUAUCUGGUGGUGCUUCUGCUGAGGUAGUUGGCGCCUCUGUAGCGACGCUGGACGACUGCACGGUUUCCGGAGCUCCGGUUCUGGGGGACGCAGCUACAACCGCGGUUGCCAAAAAGGAGAAGAAGGAGAAGAAAGAGAAAGCGGGUAAGGAAAAGAAGGAGAAGAAAGAUUACGGUUUGAUGCAAUUCAUUUCCAACGGUCGUUUUGUUCUGUUUCCCCUUGUUUUGGGAAUCUGAAGAAAUGAAGGAAAGAAAUGAAUGCGUUAUGCUCUAGAAAGGAAAAAAAGCAGUUAUCGUCGACGAAAAUGGUGUAG